AUCACCCAAUUUUUCCCACUCAAUCCGAUAAUCUCGCAUUUCGUCAUGGACUGCCAGACAAUACAGAUUUCCUCCCGCCCUGGAGAACCCCUAGGACUCCGGAAUUUAAAAAUGUUCCCGACGGUAUCGAAAUCGAAAUCGAAACCGCAGCUUUUUCAACAUGCGAGUAAUUUAAUGAGCGAAGUGUACGAUGAAUUCGCUGAGGAAUCCUCGAUCCAUGGAAUCAGAUACACGAGUGGGAAAAAAUCGCCACGAGAACGAGCAGUCUGGCUUCUCCUGGUGGUGCUAUCAAUGAUAUCAGCUGGAAUGCUGGCUCAAAAAUUUUAUCACAGACACAAAGAGGCCACUAUGAGGACUUUAAUCGUCACUAAUCAUUACCCAUCGCACAAAAUUCCACUUCCCGCUGUGACGAUAUGCCAUCCAACUAUCGUCAGUACCCGCAAACUUGAGCAGUACGAGAAAGACGGAAAAAGAAUAGAGAUGCCAUUCGGGAUGGAGUGGAAUCAGUUCUUAUCAGACUUGCAAUUCACUCAAGAAAUAUAUGUUCCAACGAAUCACUUCCAGCACGCGAUGUUUCGUCUCAAUUCAGUCAUGAGUUAUAAUAAUCUCAGCAUGGAGGGACUGCUCUCGAUACUUAGUCCAUCCUGCGACGAAUACCUCGCCCACUGCCAGCUCCAGGGGGAAUCGAAAUCCUGUCAUCACUACAUAAAACCCUCGAAAACAAUUUACGGUUUGUGCUGCUCCUUCAACUACGUCUACGCAGAAAGAGAUACUCGAUGGUCUCAAGGUGAAGACAUCUACAGUAAUUUUUUCGGUGACAAUUUCAUCUUUUCGGCGAUCGUGAAAAAUUUCGGCGACCUAGACCGAAUAGCAGCGCUUACCUACGGCGAUGGUACGAGAGUUCUGAUUCAUGACUCCCACUCGUAUCCAGGCCAGUCAUCCCGAGAGUUCAUAGCCCGUCAGGGAAGUGAGACGAUAGCAUAUGUUGACGGACGUAUAUUGACAGCGAGUCCAGAGGUUCUUAAUUUACCCAGAGAUGAACGGGAUUGUCGUACCACCAUGGCAGGGGGUAGUACCUACAGACUCGACAACUGCAUCGCAAUCUGUCACGAGAAGCUCUUGAAGGAGUACUGCGAUUGCAUACCCUAUUACGCAUCAGUUUUUAAAGAUGAUGAUAUCGCUUGCAAUUUUACUCACAUUUCAUGUCUGUCCAAAGUGAAAGCUAGAGUGCUGCAGACACCAUUCAGGAAUGAACCCUGCAACUGCUACCCAGUCUGCGAUGGCAACAGCUACCUAGUGGCCAUCACUGCAGCACCUAUGAAUGCUGCGCAGCACAAUCCAUCCAGUUUUUAUAGAAUAGCCGAGAAUUACCCGAAUUCCACAGCCAUUCACAUCACAUUUCCGAGGCAAACUGCGACUUUGUUGAGACGGGAUCUCGUACUCUCAUGGAUUAAUUUAGUAUCUUCACUAGGAGGAGUUUUCAGUCUUUUUCUUGGCUGCAGCUUUAUCUCAUUGUGCGAGAUGAUUUACUUCCUGAUGUACUACGUCUACAGAGUGAUAAAGGGCCGAGUAACAAAUUCUUAGAGAACACAAACUUUAUUUCAUUAUUUCCAAGUCUAUGCACAUG